GCGCAGAGAGGCACGGAGACGCGACAGAGCGCAUCAAGGCGACCUCGUCUCGCAUCAACUCAAUAAAACAAGUUGGAAAAACAGGGAAACGCGGGAGAAAAACUACAUCCACCACAGCUGUAAGACAUCGGAAGAGGUAUUUUCUGCACGGACAUAAAAUGAAAGGGUUACCUGACUGCAUUUGGGAUUUGGAGUCUUGUAUUGCACCACUGCGACUUUGACACAAUAGUUGCGCAGUCUCACUAGGAGUUGUCUGUUUGGGGAGGAAUUUCAGGCAACACGAAACCAAACUCCAGUCGGACCUCUAGGAACAGCGACAAGAAAGACACACACUACCGCCACCAUGGACAAUGAACAGUGCUACUACAAUGAGACCAUCGCCUUCUUCUACAACCGCAGCGGCAAGUACCUCGCCACCGACUGGGACACAGUCAGCAAGCUGGUGAUGGGCUUGGGCAUCACCGUGUGCAUCUUUAUCAUGCUCGCCAACCUCCUGGUGAUGAUCGCCAUCUACGUCAACAGGAGAUUCCACUUCCCUAUCUACUACCUGAUGGCCAACCUGGCGGCUGCGGAUUUCUUCGCCGGACUGGCCUACUUCUACCUGAUGUUCAACACAGGGCCGAACACCCGGCGCCUGACCGUGUCAACGUGGCUGCUGCGCCAGGGCUUGAUUGACACCAGCCUAACGGCGUCUGUGGCCAACCUGCUUGCCAUCGCCAUUGAGCGCCACAUCACCGUGUUCCGCAUGCAGCUGCACACGCGCAUGAGCAACCGUCGCGUGGUGGUGGUGAUCGUCAUCAUCUGGACCAUGUCCAUAGUCAUGGGGGCCAUCCCCAGCGUGGGCUGGAACUGCAUCUGCAAUCUCGAGCGCUGCUCCAACAUGGCGCCGCUUUACAGCGACUCCUAUCUGGUCUUCUGGGCGGUAUUUAACCUUGUGACUUUUGUUGUCAUGGUGACGCUCUAUGCCCACAUUUUUGUCUACGUGCGCCAGAGGACCAUGCGGAUGUCGCGGCACAGCUCUGGGCCACGACGCAACCGGGACACUAUGAUGUCUCUGCUGAAAACCGUGAUGAUCGUGUUGGGUGCGUUCAUCGUCUGCUGGACGCCCGGCCUGGUCAUCCUCCUCCUCGACGUCUUCUGCGCCAACUGCAACGUUCUCACCUACGAGAAGUUCUUCCUGCUCCUCGCCGAGUUCAACUCGGCCAUGAACCCCAUCAUCUACUCCUACCGCGACAAGGAAAUGAGCGCCACCUUCAGGCAGAUCCUCUGCUGCCAGCGGCAGGAGAACGCCAAUGGGACGGUGGUGGAGGGGUCCGACCGGUCGGCGUCGUCCACCAACCACACGGUGCUGGGCAGUGGCGCGCACCACCACAGCCACCCCCACAGCCCCCACCACAACAACGACCACUCGGUGGUAUAAUAAGGAGGGCUGGGGAUCGUGGGGAUUAACCUGGCUCCCUGAAGGAGGUUUAUCUGUGUUGGGCAUACUGAAUGAGAGAAGAUGAACCCGAAGGUAUACGAGGACUGCCAAUAUGAUACGAACUAAAGACAGCGCGGUAAUGACUCGGAGAAAGAAUAUUAGGAGAGUGCGUUGCAGCGAGGAAGAAGAUGGCGUCUUCAAGGACUCUGAUUGGCUGUUAGUAUUUCUGCUUAGUUGUUUAUUAAUUGUUUUGAGCGUGUUGUCACGGACACCGCUGAUAUGUAUACGUAUUUAAGAGGUAUCUGUGAAAGGAAGGUAAUGCCAGUACCCCAGUGUUUUUUUUAUGUGUUCCUGUCAUUUCAUACUUCUUCCCCACAAUCCCAAUUCUUAAGAACGAGCUCAUUACAUCAGUUACACCUUACAUGCAACUUCAAAUAAAAUAGUUUUUGGAUCCAUUACCAGGGUUUUAAACUUACCAAUUUGCUUGACAUGUUUAGAGUCUUACCAAAAAUGGCCAUAAUGGAUUUUUUUUUUUUUCUUGCAUAUUCCUCAUUCAUCUUUCAACAUCAAGUGACCGUACGACCUUAACUCAUUAUUCCACUAAUCCUCUUCUCCCACUGAUAAGACUUUGCUGAUAAGGCAGUUUCUUCCCUUGGUCCAACUUAAAUACACGAGAGGUCCAGGAGCUGUUGUUUGCUCCAUCUAAGGAUUUAGAGACAAGUUGUUCCUGGGAUCUCACAAAAAAGGGCGGAUGUUUGUGGACACAGAACAGGCAGUGUGCCACAAUGUUAUGUGGAGACAAGACGAAGGUCAUCUCUGCCGAGUGUUAGCAGGCUUCGGACCAUCACUUGAAAUGUACUGAUCCGUCUGCCUCACGUGGUUCUACGCAGUUUCUCCACAAGGCCGGAUGUCAUAGCAGUUCAUCUAAUAGUUACAUAUGACAUUUAUAUUAACUGCAGAGCCAGUGAUAGAGCCUCAGUGCUAGCUUGCUCCAGUUUGCAAUUUCUCAGUAGUCAACCAUUCCUUUGUAUCAUAAUAUAUCUGUUCAUAGUUGGAAGAAAACCCAGGAGCACCAUUUCAGUUUAGAAUACAAUAAAUAUUAGCUGAAAAAAUUAUUCAUGGCAGUAUUCAUGAAGAUUUACCAAUUUUGAAUGUGCUCAUUUUCAUGUAGUUCCCUCUUACAGUACCCAAGCACCCAGGGUUAAAAAGGGAAAGUAUGUAAAUAUCGUUCCUAUUAACCAGAAACUGAUUGUCGUGUACACACUUUUUGUUAAUUGCUUCAAUGGUGUAAUUAGUGAGACGAGGUAUAUCCAUUCAAAAGUAAUAUACACUUUGUUUACAUCCCUAUCUAUCCUUAUUUGGACCUUUUUUUGCCUCCCUGCCUCCUCGCUGUCCCUCCUCAUGGCGUCUUGAACAGAGGGAUACGCCAUGUGUUUGAUGCUUUUCAUUGAUUUAAAGCUAUAUUGGAUAUGAUUUUAUGUCUGCAGACUUUAACUAACUAAAACCUCUCCUCUGCGCCAAGAUCUGAAGGAAAUUUGCAACCCGAGAACAUGAAUGCGGAAAGUGCAGAAGGAUUGGCUUGUCCACUCUGGGCUAAGAUGAUGUUUUUGUAUAGCUCAUUCUAAGGUGAAGGAAAACAAAACUAAUCUUAUUUUCAUUUUUAUUUCUUAAGUAGAGGUAAAAACGACAGUAGGUCCUCCAAACACCACACUCUUCAGAUCGGACUCAUCCGUAUCCCGGGGACAGGCGUAAUGUCUUCUAUUAAGUUUUUGUUUAUUCUAACUAGUUCAUGGACUUUUUUCACGACAACACACCAUAAAGCAUUUUUAGUUGUCUUGUUCUUUUUAAAGGGGCAUUGACCUCCACGACCUGUCCCAGUUUACGCUUGAUGAAACUCCUGUUGAAUGAUGAUAUCGUAUUUCCUCUGGCGUACUCCCCCUCCUUCUGCUAUCAACUUGAGACUCAGCUGAGGAUGACGUACGGUGCUAAAAGCCACCAGCUGAACGUUUUUUGUGGUGACUCAAAUCAAAACACAUUUUGGCCAAAAUACAUAAACGAAGCGCCAAACAAGCUCACAGAAAAGUGGGAAAACACCGCCAGAUGUUUCUGCGAAGAAAGAUGUUUGUUAGGAAUUGGAGCUGCAGCUCUGAAGUGUGUUGAAGAAUGUUUUUGUGCCUGUUUGACAAAAUGUGGCCUUUUUUACAUGGUAUAUUAAUCUGUUUUGUCCGGAAUUAUGAUUUGAUUUUCCCUUUUUUGAGCCUUUUUUAGUCUACAAAUUGUGCCUUUUCACUGAGAAAAGGUAAACAGAGAAAGCUCCAAAGUAACAAUGUUAGAUAUUUUCUUUCAAGAUAAUUCAACUACUGUACAUAACAGGCUUCAAAAGCUAACAACAGCAGCAGUGCCACUCACACACAUUAGAUAUCAUAUAUUAGCCGAACCUUCCUCAUUUGACAUUCACUGUAACCCUUUUUCUAACAAAGUAAUGCUUCAGGUGAUAUAGCAAACCAAAUUAAUUUUUUGUCUUCGUAUGCCUCUGAUUACCAGUGUGUCAUUAUUUUUAUAAACCAUUGUAAGUAUACAUGUACAGUAUGUGUGUAUAUAAAAACUAUUAUUCAAAGUUAACCACCAAAAGGAAAGUGUUUUUGUGUUUGUAAAAAGUGUGUUAUAAUGUGUCCAAUCGUACUGUAGUAUUUUUCUUGGCGCUCUUUUCUUUUGUCUUGAGCCUAAUUAGUGCAUUUCCUAUCAACUAGUCCGGUUAUUAACUAGUUUGCGACCCAGAACUACUUAUUAAGUGGUGUGUUUGAAGUGUGCCUUGUCGUGCCCAUCAGCGACGUCACGAUGUACUAAAGUAUGUUUGUACAUCGCUGCAGCAAGGAAGCUGAAGGCACUCAACAAACACAAGAUCCUCCGGUGGUUUUAACCACUUUUUGUUUGCAUAUGUUGCUAAAAACGUCUUUUUCUUUUGUUUUAUUACACAGCCUCAAAAAAUUCAAUUAGAAACAAAUCAUGAAUACAGAUGUUUUUUGUUUUUAGUGCGAUCUGGUAAAAAACAAAAUCCAAUGUGUAGACAUGUUUUGAAAUUAAGCGACAUGUCAUUCUUGAGGGCAAACAUUCUCUUGUGGGAUUUGACACAUGUCAAAACUCUGUCACUCUCUGUUAGUCCACAUGCAUGUCGGGUGAGAUAAUGUUCCUUUCCCCGCUUUAACAUGCAUGCCCUUUCCUGAAAAACAGUUUUAAUCCAUAAUAUUAACAGUUUUAUCACAGUAGAUUAGAACAAUCCUGCUAUUGUUUCCUGACUACUUCUGUCUGACUGGCAGACCCAAUGUUUGCUAUCGACGGUGUGUGUUGCACUUGACAAAUGUUGUCAUUUUCAUACCAAAAGCUGUUCGCCCCAAAGUGUGUUUGUAAUUUACUGUUCAGAGCGAAACAUUGUGUUUAAAGUUUUUUUUGUUGCCAAACCUCAGAUUUAACAACCCGUGUAACAGUAGUUUGUAGAGUGGAACAGACGUAAAUGUAUUUCUAUACCACCAAUACUGUACAUGCCGAUAUCAAUGAAUGUCCACCCCCAAGUGUUGAUAUCGCAGCAACAAUAAAAACAUGACAAA